AUGGAUGCACCACUUGCAAUCUCAACCGGUAUGCCCGGUCCUACCGUCUCAUCCCCCAUCACCCUCGAUAUUGUCCGUUGCUCCCGCUGUCAACAAUCUCUCAGCGUGGGGACCCAGUCUAGCGGCGCAGUACAGUUCGGCAUGAACUCCUACUAUUGUAAUCGAUGUGCUUCGAAGGUCGGAUUUGUCCGGUGA